GCUGUGGCCAACUGGAUUUUGAUGGAUGAUUUUGUGAGGAAAAUGCUGGUGGAAUGGGGGAUGGAGGAGUUAAUACACACUUUCAAGGGAUGUCAGAGCUAUCCUGAUGGACUCUUUUAACGGAGAGAACUUUGUGAAGGAAAUGGAUAAUGGAAUGCUUUCUGUACAAUCUCGCAUAAAGGUUGUGCGAAUCCUGGUGUCUUGGUUAAUACAAGAAUUUACAAGCAAGCCACCUACAGAUGUCAAGGUCGCUCUAGCCAAGGCGGUGGUGUCGCAAUUUCCCAAGCUAAAGGACCUUGAAGGAGUAGGUCAUAUUCAGCAGGACUUCAGGAUUCUUUAUCCAGAGGUUGCAGAUAAGCUGUUCUUAGAGUGGCCCAAAAUAGCUCCCCUGGUACUGAAGUAUGCAGACCUCCAUAACCCGACAUGGCGGGAAUCUUUGACUGUUCCACAUCUCGCAUCUUCUGACUUGACAUGUCCUGCAGCAGAAGUGGAGACCAUGGCACUUCUUGCGCUUCCUCAAAUCUCGCCUCCAGGAAUGAAGAAGGUGGGGAAGCGUAGUAUGAGAUGCAGCAGGGCAGAAUCAUCCAAAGCCUUCAUCAACAUCGGCCCAGUGGGGACAAACCUUCCAGAGUACCUAGAGAACUGCCAGCAAAAGCAACCUUUUGUGCUCGCCCUUGGAGACAUCCUCAAGCCAGAGCAAGUGUUCGUUAUUUGCGAUGGUGCUGCCUUGGAAGCAAUGUCCCUCAUUCACGGAGCGGACCUUUGCUUUAAGGCCAUCUAUAUAUUCUGUGGGUAAAUUAUCCUUGGGAGGCAGCCAACACUUAUGACUUCCUGCAGAAAGUCAUUUACAACGCCAUCUAGUACCAUUUCCCUUAGGCUUACAUCUCUAAUCUUUUAUCAUAGAGUCCUAGGCAUGGAGUGGUGCAAGAAACUUGCAAUUGAUUGCAAGUCAUUUUCAUGUACCGGCCUAAUCAAUCAUUAAUCUUACAAUCAAUUUCAAAUUUGCAAUUGAUUGCUGGUCAACAAAUAUAAAUUAUUUGCUUUAGUUAAGAUUGUUGUAUCACUUGUAAAUUUUUCAACCAAAAUUUGUGAUUGAUUGUAAAUGUUUUCUUGCAACACCCCCUAAGAAGAACAAACUGCUGUUUGGGGAAUUGUUCCUGGAGUAUGCAGAUUGAAAUGCUAUCUUGUACAUGUUUACUGAAGUCAUAUCAAAACUCCAAGCAAACUAUACUGUUUUGACAUAUUUUGCAAAUGUGGGCUACUACCUUUAAAGUCUUAUUCAAACAAGGCACGACAAAGCUCAGCAACUUUUGUGUACAAAGUCAAUGGGAUAUGAGGCGUCAAAUAUGUUUCAGAGACAAGUGACCUUUUUUGAAAAGUAGACCAAUUAAAUUUCUUUAAAUAGCGCAAAAUAAUUUUUCCAGAUGAUCUUUAUACAGGUUAUAGUUAUACUAUGUUACGUGUGAUGAUGCAAAAUCCUUUUUGUGCCACUUUCACCAUUUAACAUAGGAAUUGGUAAGAAGGUCAUACUGGCUGUUACUUGAAUAAAUUCAUGAAAAUGGUCUAAACAAUGACAACAGGCUACAUCUGGAGGAAUAACAUAAUUCUUAAAAAAUGGAAUUUCUCGGAUUGUCAUCAGACCUACCAACUUCUCCUUUUUAAAAGGAGUUACUCCUUUUUAGAAAUUUUAAUAUACAUUAUACCAUAUGGUUAAAGAAAUCUUAUUGUCCAGGUAUCUUACACUAAUCUAUGUGAAAUAUGCUGUGACUCCUAUUUUUUAAAUGAAUCAGUCCUAUAUUUAAGUUUACAGGUUGGUAGGCAUGU